AUGCUUUCACCUGAUAAAACUGCUCGUUCAACGUAUCCUUUGGAUAUUUUUUCACUUCCUGUUAAAAAUGCUCUCGAUCGACAAUUGUACAUAUCAUUCAAAAGUGAUUCGACAUUAUCAACACUCUGCUACGACGAAGUUCUAUGUUAUUUAUCGAACAUUAUCAGUCAAGGUUCGUUAGCCGAAAUCGAAGAUAACCUAAAACGAUAUUUUACACCCGACCAAAUCCAUCAGGCGUACAAAAAUUUACAAUCUGGUUUAGAAUAUAGCUUAUCUAUCAUGAAUAAAAGUAAAAAUCAACAUGUAUAUGAUACUUUACAGCAAUGUUCAAUCAAUUUAAUUGAUUCGACAUCAAUCUUAUUAGUUAUCGAAAUUCUGCAUCUUCAUCAAUUAUUUUCCUAUUUACCCGUAUUCGUUACCAACGAUUGGCUUCAUAUGAUACGUAGUGUACAAAAUCUUGAGAAACUUGAUCUCACACCUUCAUCAUCCGUGUCCAGUCUGGUCAAGCAAAUGUUUCAGCUAAAAGAACAUUUAAAUAUCUUACAUAAUCUUGUUAACAAGUAUUAUUCGAUUUCAACAGUUAUACAACCAACGCUAUCGUCAAAUGAACAGUGUUGUUUACAUACAUCAUGCAGUCAUAAUCCAACAGUGUACACGUCGACGCCAAUGGUUCUAAUUGAUUCACCAUCAUCAUCGUGGUCAUCGAUGGAUAUGGAGGCAAAUCCAGGAACAACUAUGACUGGUUUCAUUCGAAAUCCUGUAACAAAUUUUAUUAUGCCCACCACGAAAGCGUCGGAUUCGGACAUAGAAACGUCUUUUCUUCCCGCUGAUGACAAUUUGAGUAGCGAUGACGAAAAUGAGAUAGAAUCAUUUUCGUGCGCUCGACGAUCUUCCGAUCAAUCCGUAUCGAGUAAAACAGGCCCAGUAAUCGUUAGACGUGCAGAUGUUUUAUGGAUGUAUCCAACUGGAGUCUUAAGAGCGAAAAACAGUUCACUUUGCUCUUCUAUUCAUGAAGGUUUAAAUCCGAAUGAAUUCAAACCUCUUUAUACACGAGCGAAUAGUUGUAAUAUUGAUUUAUCUACUAAGAUUACACAGGAACCCGCACCGAAAAUAAAACCGAAAAGACCUUCGAUAAAACAAAAGCAAAGAAAAGUUGAAGCAGAAGAAACGCCAUGGUUUCCACAUCGUAUUGAAGAUUUGGAUCAAUGUUCGAAUAAAGUCUUGUUGUAUGGAGCAGAUCUUGACGCUGAUCAUCCGGGGUUUACCGACCAAGUCUAUCGAGCACGUCGUAUGUACUUUCAUGAUCUGGCUAUUGCAUACAAACAUGGUAAUCCAAUUCCUCGUGUUCAGUACACGAAAGAAGAAAUUGAAACUUGGGGUGCGGUAUUUCGUAAUUUGAAUAAAAUCUAUCCAACACAUGCUUGCAAUGAAUAUCUGGCAAAUUGGCCCUUGUUAAGAGAAAAAUGUGGUUUUCGAGAAGACAAUAUUCCACAAUUGGAAGAUAUAUCACGUUUUCUUCGCGAACGAACUGGAUUUACAUUACGACCAGUCGCUGGAUAUUUAUCACCAAGAGAUUUUCUCUAUGGUCUAGCAUUUCGCGUAUUUCAUUGCACACAAUACAUUCGACAUUCAUCAAACCCAGCAUACACACCCGAACCAGACUGCUGUCAUGAAUUAUUGGGUCAUGUACCACUUCUAGCAGAUCCUAAUUUUGCGCAGUUUUCACAUGAAAUUGGCUUAGCUGCGAUUGGUGCAUCGGAAGAGGACAUCAAUCGUUUAGCAACGUGUUAUUUUUUCACCAUUGAAUUUGGUCUCUGUCGCCAAAAUGAUGGUCUUCGUGCUUAUGGAGCUGGUUUACUUUCGUCAUGUGCUGAGUUGCAACAUGCGUUGAGUGAUAAAGCAAAGAAGCUACAAUUCGAUCCUGAUGUGGUUUGCAAGACAACAUGUUUAAUCACAACGUAUCAAGAUCAAUACUUUGUUUCGGCAAGUUUUGUUGAGGCGAAAGAGAAAAUGAGAGAAUUUGCUCUGUCUAUUAAACGUCCGUUCGCUGUUCGUUACAAUCCGUAUAAUCAAAGUAUUGAAAUCGUUUCCAAUACCCAACAUGUUGCUCAAAUCAUCUCGGAUCUCAAAGGUGACAUGUGUAUCAUAUUCGACGCACUGAAGAAAAUUGAAAAUAGCAUUGGAAAUGAGAAAUAA